GGAUGUGUGAUUCAAAUGUCCUACGAUUUCUCCUUCUCUGUGGAAAACUUAAACGAACUGUUCGAGCUGGUUGGACACGUUACAACAUAAACUCGCCUGAAAGUGUUUCUGAUCAUAUGUACCGAAUGGCAUUGAUGGCUACUGUAAUCCCAACAAAUGAACGUGGAAAUUUAAACACAGAUCGAUUAAUAAAAAUGGCAAUUGUACAUGAUUUAGCCGAAUGUAUCGUGGGAGAUAUUACACCACAUUGUGGAGUAUCGAAAGAAGAAAAACUGUCCAGAGAAAAAGACGCUAUGAAACAAUUAUGUGAACUUAUUUCAGAAGAGAACAGCACAGAAAUUAUGAGUUUAUGGAAUGAAUAUACUGAUCAGAAAACACCAGAGGCUAUUAUUUGUAAAGAUUUUGAUAAAUUUGAGAUGCUCUUGCAGGCUUAUGAAUAUGAACACGAAACACUUGAACCAGGAAAAUUAGAAUCAUUUUUCGAAAGUACUCUAGGUAAAUAAUAUUUUCACUAUUGGGAUUUUCUUUUUCCUUCAAAUGUGAUUAAUUUUUAAAGGAACAUUUAGCACAAGUUUGGGUCAAAAGUGGGUCAAAGAGCUGUGUUCAUUGCGGAAAAAUUUAUUUCUUCAGUGUGAAUCUGGUGAUAAUUAAAAGUGGCUAGCAAGUGCUUCAAUUUUUACAAGACUUUUGGAUAUUACUCUUUUUCUAUGCAUUUAAAUAAUCCUUUGUAGUUCACUGAUUAAAUUUUUACAAAUCAUGUAUAUUUCUUUUGAUUUUAAUAAGUCAUUUGUACUGAAGUUUGUCGCCAUAUGUUAUGGGAAUCAAACGGUUUAUUAUUACCCGAUGAAUGACAUUAUAGUAUCUUUAUUUUGUAUUUUGUGAAACUCAUCUUUAAAAUUUGACUCAUUAUACAUUUUUAUUGUUUUUAUGGAGUAUAGACG